GGUGUGGAGGGGGGCGUGUUCUGCGGGCCUGCGGCGGAGCGGGGUGUGUAAGGACCGGCCUCGAAGCCAGCGACAGCAGCCGGUAAGAGACACGUUGUUGGAGCUGGAGACAGAGUGAGAGAGAGCACGAACAGAGAACUCGUCUUUUAGUAGUGUGGAGGGGGAGUGGUCUGUGGGCCUGCGGCGGAGCGGGGUGUGUAAGGACCGGCCUCGAAGCCAGCGACAGCAGCCGGGCUGAGACACGUUGUUGGAGUUGGAGGCAGAGAGAGAGAGAGCACGAACAGAGAACUCGUCUUUUAGUAGUGUGGAGGGGGAGUGGUCUGUGGGCCUGCGGCGGAGCGGGGUGUGUAAGGACCGGCCUCGAAGCCAGCGACAGCAGCAGCCGGGCUGAGACAUGUUGUUGGAGUUGGAGGCAGAGAGAGAGAGCACGAACAGAGAACUCGUCUUUUAGUAGUGUGGAGGGGGAGUGGUCUGUGGGCCUGCGGCGGAGCGGGGUGUGUAAGGACCGGCCUCGAAGCCAGCGACAGCAGCAGCCGGGCUGAGACACGUUGUUGGAGUUGGAGGCAGAGAGAGAGAGAGCACGAACAGAGAACUCGUCUUUUAGUAGAUUUUUCUCUUCUUUUUUGGCAUCAUUUCUGUCUUGAAAUCACAGACUUGCCGCGCGUGUCGUGGAAAGUGAGCUUCCUCAUCUGGCUGCAGUUCCCCGCACGGCCGUGAGAUGGCGCCACUCCCCGCCGACGAGACAACAGAGUGGGUAAAACACGAUUGUUCCGGAAUGUCGGCUAAUGAAAGGCAGGCGCGAAGUGAAGGCGGCAUUGUGCGUGUUUCCAUGGAGAAGCUUUUGUCCUCCUUUGCUGUGAUUGGCCGCCUGGCCUUAAUCCCGCCCCUCAGCACACGGCGCGCGGAUUGGCUGCGGACCCCGUGACGUCAACAGGCGAAAAAAGCAUUUGUAGAGGCGCCCGCUUCCUGUCAGCGCCACACGAAGAAGGAGCGGCUCUCAGUCCCGCCAGACGCCGACUUUCCUCCGCCGCGGCGCCGCAGACGCUCCGUCGACCUCCCCCUUCCUCUCCGGCCAAGACGGGACCUUACGGCGACGCCGAGGACCUUCCAGCGUGUCUCGCCAUGGACGCCGUGCGUGACCGCGGGCUGUAGGCGGCGGGAAUAUAACUCCACGUUUAAAACCACUUUGGUUUUAAACCUUUUUUUUUUUUUUUUUUGGAACUGUUUACCGACAUUCUUACCACUCAUUCACUCCUACUUGAAAAAGGGACGAUGGUGAACCCGGGAGGAAACAGCCAGCCGCCUCUGCCGCCACAGGUGGGCGCCGGGUCCCUGUCGUGGAAGCGCUGCGCCGGCUGCGGGGGCAAGAUCGCCGACCGCUUCCUCCUCUACGCCAUGGACAGCUACUGGCACAGCCGCUGCCUCAAGUGCUCGUGCUGCCAGGCCCAGCUGGGCGAGAUCGGCACGUCGUGCUACACCAAAAGCGGCAUGAUCCUCUGCAGGAACGACUACAUCAGAUUAUUUGGGAACAGCGGCGCGUGCAGCGCGUGCGGUCAGUCCAUCCCUGCCAGCGAGCUGGUGAUGCGGGCGCAGGGCAACGUCUACCAUCUCAAGUGUUUCACGUGUUCCACGUGCCGGAACCGGCUGGUGCCGGGGGACCGGUUCCACUACAUCAACGGCAGCCUGUUCUGCGAGCACGACCGACCCGCGGCGCUCAUCAACGGCCAUUUGACUUCCCUGCAGACCAACCCGCUACUGCCCGACCAGAAGGUGUGUUAGGAGGAGGCGGGACAGGAAGCAGGAAGUGAUGGCCACACAGACUGAUGGAGCCUCCACACGGAGACUUGCACUUAAGUCCGUACCAGACCUGACUUAAGUCUGCUGAAAGAGACUCUUGAGGACGAGAGCCCACUAAGCAGGUCCACAACAAUCUGACUUUUCUUUUGUUGUUGUUUGUUUUGCCCAGAGACAUUUCAGGAGGCGGACUGCUUUCUUCCUCUUUUCUAUCGUCACGACAACAAGGUGAUGCUACUUCUUUUAUUGUGGCGGGAUUCUAAAUCCUUUUUUUUCUGUUUUUUUUAUUCAUUUCUCCUUCGCCGGUGUCAACAAGAUGGCUCUUUGUGCACAACUGGGUGUAUUUGUAAGAUGAACAGGUGUGUACAGUAUGCAUGUUAAUGUCCUUGGUGUCCCCGCCCCCUUGGCCACGCCCCCACGUCGUGUAGCGUCGCCCCACACUUUAUUGCUGAAUGAAAGAGAAAUUUAUUUGUGAUAUUUUCCAAGACAUUUGCUUCUGUACGGUGUAUUUAAUUAAUAAAAAUAUGGAAGAUUUAACUUA